AUGGUAUUCGGGAGCCACUAUACCAACAAACUCACCACUGCAGGGUCUUGUCUCCAUCCAGCAGACAAGAUAAAAUAUGAGAUUGUUUCACCGUAUGAGGUGACCCAUGAAGGCACAUACAUCUCCCAUGAAGUAUCCCACCAUCAGAGGAGAAGGCGAAGCCCGUCCUUGAGCCCAGACACAGACUCAUCCUGGGCCAAUAGCAGCCACAAGGUUCACUUCCGGCUCAGCGGCCUGGGACAGGAUUUCCACAUGGAGCUGAUGGAGGCCUCACACGACCUGAUCGCACCUGGCUUCACCGUACAAGUCCUGGGAAAGAAUGGCACUAAAAGCCUGAGGGCCUACCACCAGGGCGACCUGUGCUUUUACCAGGGGUCACUGAGGGCAAGGGCCAACUCCUCGGUGGCUCUCUCCACAUGCAUGGGGAUGUCAGGUUUUAUCCGCACCCAAGAUGCAGACUACUUCUUGAGACCCGUGUCUUACAGCCUGGCACAAUCUGAGAACUUCACUGCUGCUCCUGGUCAUCAACCGCACAUUCUCUACAAGAGCUUCAGAGACCCCAAGACGGACACAGGAGACAAGAAACACAAUCGACAGAAGAGAUCACUACAUUCUGCAAUCGCUGGAACCAAGAGCACUUAUGAUCAGCCAAACAGGAGACAUCAUAACCACCACUCCAGGCGCAGAGAGAGCCAAAGACAACACUUCUGUGGGAGACGGAAGAAAUUCAUGCCCAAACCGCCAGAGGAAGACGUGCUGGUUCUGCCGGAUGAGUACAGAUACAAGCCCCGAACCAGGAGGGCGGCACUAACGACGCAGCAGACCAAUCAGAAGCUAAACGUGGAGACACUUGUGGUGGUUGACCGGAAGAUGAUGGACAACCACGGCCAUGACAACAUCACCACAUAUGUUCUAACUGUGCUCAACAUGGUUUCCAGUCUGUUUAAAGAUGGGACCAUCGGUGGAAACAUUAACAUAGUAAUUGUGGGUCUUGUGCUUCUGGAUGAAGAACAGAACGGCUUAGUGAUCAACCACCAUGCAGACCACACACUCAACAGCUUCUGUCACUGGCAGUCAGCACUGGGAAGCCGAGGCGGGCGAAGACAUGAUCAUGCUGUUCUCCUCACUGGUCUGGACAUCUGCUCCUGGAAGAACGAACCAUGUGACACACUGGGUUUUGCUCCAAUAAGUGGCAUGUGCAGUAAAUAUCGCAGCUGUACAGUCAAUGAAGACACUGGUUUGGGCUUAGCGUUCACCAUCGCUCAUGAGUCUGGGCACAAUUUUGGGAUGGUCCAUGAUGGUGAAGGAAAUGUGUGUAAAAAAUCUGAAGGGAACAUCAUGUCUCCUACAUUAGCCGGUCACAACGGGAUCUUCUCCUGGUCCGCAUGCAGCCGCCAGUAUCUCAGCCGAUUUCUCAACACAGCCCAGGCUCUGUGCCUGUCUGAUGAGCCCAAAGCAGUGGAUGAGUAUCAGUAUCCAGAGAAGCUGCCUGGAGAACUCUAUGACGCCGACACACAGUGUAAAUGGCAGUUUGGAGAAAAGGCAAAACUCUGCACUCUGGAUUUUAAAAAGGACAUCUGCAAGGCCUUGUGGUGCCACCGCAUCGGGAGGAAGUGUGAGACAAAGUUCAUGCCAGCAGCGGAGGGUUCUGCUUGUGGCCCAGAUAUGUGGUGUCGCAGGGGCCAGUGUGUGAAGCAGGGCGAUGAAGGCCCACGUCCGCAGCAUGGACAGUGGUCAGAGUGGUCGUCAUGGUCGGCCUGCUCCAGGAGCUGUCAGAGCGGAGUGUCCCAUAGAGAGAGGCAAUGCAACAACCCCAGGCCAGUGUAUGGAGGGAAAUUCUGUGAAGGUUCUUCCAGGUCGUACAAACUGUGCAACACUGAAGAUUGUCCUCCCAACAGUAUUGACUACAGAGCGCAGCAGUGUGCAGCCUUCAACAGCAAGCAGUUUCGAGGGUGGUACUAUACAUGGAGGCCGUACACUAAAGUGGAUGAACAAGACAUAUGCAAGCUGUACUGCUUUGCCGAGGGAUAUGAUUUCUUCUUUGCUCUGGCCAGCAAAGUUAAGGAUGGCACACUCUGCUCCCAGGACAGCUCAAACGUGUGUAUUGAUGGACUCUGCGAGAAAGCUGGUUGUGAUCGUGUACUUGGCUCUUUAUCUGGGCUCGAUGCCUGUGGGGUGUGUAAAGGAGACAACUCUACAUGCAAGAUUCAUAAAGGGCAUUAUACCAAACAGCAUUAUACAAAUCAGUAUUAUGGGGUGGUGACGAUUCCAGCCGGAGCCAGGAAUAUUCGUGUGGUGGAGCUGAACACCUCCAGCUCUUAUUUGGCCGUGCGCGACACACACAGACACUACUUUCUCAACGGACAGUGGACAGUGGACUGGCCGGGCAGACACGCGAUCGCAGGGACCAUGUUUGAGUACAAGAGACCAUACAAUAGACCAGAGAGUCUUCUAUCAGCUGGGCCAACUAAUGAGACACUUAUUAUUGAGAUUUUGCUUCAAGGCUGGAACCCUGGUGUGCGCUGGGAAUACACCAUAAAAAACAUAGAUGAUAAGAAGAAUUACAUUAAACACAGCUAUACCUGGGCCAUUGUUCGCUCACAGUGCUCUGCCACAUGUGCAGGAGGUCAGAUGAACACCAAAGCAGCGUGCUUCAGGGACCUCCGAGUGCAGGUGAACACAUCCUACUGCAACACAAGACUGAGACCUUCUACUGGAGUCAUGCCCUGCAACACUCAGCCUUGUCCUGCCAGCUGGUCUCUGGGAGAGUGGGGUGAGUGCAGCAGGAGCUGUGGAGGUGGGGAUCAAAGUCGACAAGUUCAAUGUGUCCAGAAAAUCAGCUCCUCCAACAUGAAGCCAGUGGCAGACUUCCACUGUCCUCCAGGCGCUCCAAGCAGAAGGCAGAUCUGUAGCACACACAGCUGUCCUCCUGCAUGGUCCCCCGGGCCCUGGACUCAGUGUUCUCGUAAAUGUGGCAACGGCUUGAAGAAGAGGACAGUACUCUGCGUCAGCACUAACCCAGGCCCCCAGCCCCGCACGGUGCCUGACAGCCUGUGUGUUGCACGUCCCAAACCCACCUCCCAGGAAACAUGCUUCCUCAAACGCUGCCCGAAACAGCGCAAGGUCCAGUGGUUUGUUUCCACAUGGCAACAGUGCUCCGCUACAUGUGGCCGAGGUGUUCAGGCUCGAUUCAUCAAGUGUGCAGAGAAGGAUACUGCUGGGAAAUACAGAGAACUUGCGGCCAAGAAAUGCCAGCAUGUUCCAAAGCCGUCGGUGGAGCUACAGAGAGCUUGCACGGUGGCUGAAUGUCCAGUUCGCACGACUCCAGCGCUUUACCGAUGGAAAAGUCCCCGUCCUGAAGCAGCCCCUCCUCUGCCAGUCCCUGCUCCUGCACACAGGCCGCAGUGGCAUCCCUCCGCCUGGUCUCAAUGCACAGUGACAUGUGGAGGAGGAGUGCAGCUCAGGUCAGUCCAAUGCCUUGCUCAAGGAAAUCCCACCACCGGUUGUACUGUUCCUUCAAAACCAUCGACAUCUCAAGCCUGCAACACCAACUUUUGUCCACAACCAGAGAAAAAAGACACAGGCUGCAGGGAUUACUUUACUUGGUGUUACCUUGUGCCUCAACAUGGAGUCUGCAACCACAAAUUCUACGGCAAGCAGUGCUGCCAGUCAUGCUCCAAUUCAAACCUGUGA